AUGGCGGCGCCCAGCGCGGAGCGGGAGCGGCGGCGCUUCGGGCAGCGCCUCCUCACAGACCCCGCGCGGCUCUUCCAGCACAACGCCUGGGAUAAUGUGGAAUGGUCAGAAGAGCAGGAAUCCAGUGCCAGGAGUAAAGUUCAAGAGAACAGCUCCCAGCUCUUGCCACAGGAUAAACAAGAGGAAUAUGAGGUGAAUGCUAAGAGAUAUUGGGAUGACUUCUAUAAAAUCCACGAAAAUGGCUUCUUCAAGGACAGGCACUGGCUGUUCACUGAAUUUCCUGAGCUGGCACCCAACAGGACCUCAAGCCAAAAUGGGGAUUCUCUGCAUGAAUUCAGUACCAAAGAAGAAUCCAACAGUGAAAGGUGUGAAAAUGGACAUUGUUCAUUGGAAACCAGGACAGGGGGUCAGUACAGCCUGCUCCAAAGCACAGCUGAGGGGUGCACAGAGGACUUGGCUGCACAGGAGCACAGGGAGCUGAACCAGAGGGCUGGAGAUUACCCAGGAUCAGCUGCAUCUUACCGUGUGUUGGAGGUUGGCUGUGGGGCUGGGAAUACAGUCUUCCCAAUUUUACAAACCAACAAUGACCCAGGCCUGUUUGUUUAUUGCUGUGAUUUUUCUACAGCAGCUGUGGAUCUUGUCCAGAACCAUGCAGAAUAUGAUUCCUCUCGCUGCUUUGCCUUUGUCCAUGACCUGUGCAACGACCAAAGUCCUUUCCCAAUGCCAGAGGAGAGUCUUGACAUUGUUAUUCUUAUCUUUGUCCUCUCAGCAAUUCUCCCAGAGAAGAUGCAGAGCGUUGUGAGCAGACUGAGCCGCCUCCUGAAGCCAGGGGGGAUGAUUUUGUUACGGGAUUACGGACGCUACGACCUGGCCCAGCUUCGGUUUAAGAAAGGUCAAUGUCUGUCUGAAAACUUCUAUGUGAGAGGUGAUGGCACCAGAGUCUACUUCUUCACACAAGAUGAAUUAAACCACCUCUUCACCACGGCUGGGCUGGAGAAGAUCCAGAACGUGGUGGAUCGGCGGCUGCAGGUGAACCGUGGGAAGCAGAUGACGAUGUACCGGGUGUGGAUCCAGUGCAAGUACCGCAAACCCGGCACCCCCCGGGCCUGAGGCACGGCCUGGGCUCUGGGGCUGGAGCCUCUCCGUGCCCAAGGAGUGUCUCCUCCUGGUGAGACGUGGUUUGAUGGAGUCCUGCACACCCAGGACUCCUCAGUGCCUGGCGUCACUGCGAGUGAGUUCUGCCAAGGACGAACGCCCUGAGAGUGGACCGAGGGGUGGUUUAGGUGUCAUAAAAUAUACUGAGUUGGAAGGGA